AUGAAGGAUGACUGGCCGUUUAAAUGGAGUCAACUGGUAAUGCUAUGUUUGACAGUUUUAACAGGCUCAGAUGUCAUCGUUUCCACACAUGCACAAGUUGGGCCAUUUCCCUUUCAAAACACGAGCCUUCCCUGGAGCCAGCGAGUGGAUGAUCUGGUCUCGAGGUUAACUCUGGAUGAGAUCCAGCUGCAGAUGACCAAAGGAGGUGGUGGCGCUCCAGCUAUUCCACGACUGGGUAUUCAACAGUUUGACUGGACCACAGAGUGCCUCCAUGGAGCUGCAGAUUAUAACGGCAACGCUACAGCAUUUCCGCAGUCAAUUGGACUCGCAGCCGCAUUCAGUCCCGACCUGCUGUAUCGAGUGGCCACCGCGAUAGGAGUGGAAGUCCGCGGCAAACACAACGACUACGUCAAGAAUGGUCAGUUUUUCUCUCACACGGGAGCAACUUGUUUCAGCCCGGUGAUCAAUAUCGCAAGGGAUCCCCGCUGGGGCAGAAAUCAGAUCCUUUUUUUGACCGGAGUUCUGGCCCAACAAUUUGUCUGGGGCUUGCAAGGCAAUCACUCCAGAUUCGUGCAGGCAACAGCCGGAUGCAAGCACUUUGACGCUUACGCCGGCCCUGAGAACAUCCCUGUCUCCAGGUUCACCUUCGAUGCACAGGUUUCAGAUGUCGACUGGCAUACAACAUUCCUGCCUGCCUUCAAAAAAUGUGUCCAAGCCGGUACCUUCAGUCUCAUGUGUAGCUACAACAGCAUAAAUGGAGUGCCAGCCUGCGCCAACAAAGAACUGCUAACGGACAUCCUACGAGAUGACUGGAACUUUACCGGGUACGUUGUCGGUGACGAAGGGGCUGUACAGAACGUUCUCCAACGAUUCCAUUACGUCAACUCUAGCGCCGAUGCGGCAGCAGCCUGUGUCAACGCUGGGACAAACUUGGAGCUUCCCGACCCGAGCGAGCCCACGAUAUUCACGUCAAUAGUGGACGCUGUCAGUCAAGGCAAGCUGACCGAAGCCCUGGUCCGAGAAAGGGUCAAGCCGCUGUUCUACACCAGAAUGAGGCUUGGAGAGUUUGACCCCCCAGACGAAAACCCCUAUGCCAGUCUGGACAGCAGUGUGGUGGAGUCUCCAGAGCACCAGGCCUUGGCCGUGGAGGCAGCCAUCAAAUCCUUUGUCCUCCUGAAGAAUUUGAACAAUGCCUUGCCACUGAAUCCUGCCCUAUAUACGCAUGUUGUGAUUGUUGGACCUAUGGCAGACGAUGUUAGCCAGAUAUUUGGAGACUACAGCGCCCAACAAGACCGAGGAUUUACUAAAACGCCGCUACAGGGUCUGGCAACAGUGUUCCUAGGGAUUGCCUUUGGAGCUGCCUGUUUGGACGGACCGCCCUGCAAGUCUUACCAGCCGCAGACGGUCAAAAACCUGGUCACUGGAGCUGAUUUGAUUUUUGUGGCUCUGGGAACUGGGACAGUCAUUGAAUCAGAGGGACGGGACAGACCGGAUGUCAACCUUCCUGGAAACCAAAGCAACGUACUAACGGACACCCUGAACUAUAACGACAACGCCACCAUCAUCGUGUUGCUGUUCAGUGCCGGCCCAUUAAAUGUAACUGUCUUUGACGAGUCACCUCGGGUGGCUGCCAUCAUCGAGUGCUUUUUCCCAGCACAGGCUACAGGGGACGCAAUCGCUGCAGUCAUAGUCAACAAGGGAGGUAACAGUUGUCCUGCUGGCAGAGUUCCUAUAACAUGGCCAAAGUUUGACUGGCAGAUUCCACCAAUGGUAAAUUAUUCAAUGGUUGGCCGGACUUACCGCUACCUGGACUCAGAUCCACUGUAUCCAUUCGGAUAUGGCCUGUCUUACUCACACUUUACCUACACCCAACUGACCGUUUCCUACACGAGAUUACCACGACAUAACAUUUCUGUGACUGUCUCCGUUGCAAACAAAGGACCAUAUGAUGCGGACGAGGUGCUCCAGUGCUACAUACAAUGGCAGAAUCGGUCCCUACCUGUACCACACAUACAGCUGGUCUACUUCAACCGAAUCCUGAUUCAGACACAGACGGAGAUAACCCACACGUUUGAUGUGGCCUGGGAGAGCUGGUCUUACUGGAACAGUGGAGCCUGGGCGGUGCAGACAGGCUCGAUCCGACUAUUCUGUGGCGGACAGCAACCUUUCCAAGCUAAAGCUGUCCCAUCCAAUGUACGAAGUGUGGAGUUUGAGGUGUUCGGGGAUGACUCACCUGGAGUGUAUCGCCCAGAAACU